AUUAGAUCGCUAACGUGCGCACUGCGUGUAUAUAUACACACGGAUGAUCUCGGCUCGUUGGGCGAGGCAUUUGAUCAAAGUCGGAGCCCCCUUUAGGGGACUUCAUGUCAGUCAACGUGUUUUACGGAAUGACGUCAAAACGGGAAAGACGCUGUGCGGUUCUUAUCCUGUGAUAGACCAUAAAUAUGAUGCUGUGGUGGUUGGUGCAGGAGGUGCGGGACUGCGGGCUGCAACUGGACUGGCUCAGCAGGGUUAUAAGACUGCGUGUAUUAGCAAACUGUUUCCAACGCGCUCGCAUACAGUGGCUGCCCAGGGUGGCAUUAAUGCAGCUCUGGGUAACAUGGAACCCGACAACUGGGUGUGGCACAUGUAUGAUACUGUGAAGGGCAGCGAUUGGCUCGGUGAUCAAGAUGCGAUUGCUUAUAUGACAGAAGAGGCUCCCCAAGCUGUCAUUGAGUUGGAGAAUUAUGGCAUGCCGUUCAGUAGGACAAACGAUGGAAAAAUCUAUCAGAGAGCAUUUGGCGGGCAAAGCUAUGAUUUUGGUAGAGGAGGUCAGGCGCAUCGCUGCUGCUGUGUAGCUGAUCGUACUGGCCAUGCCAUCUUACACACGUUGUAUGGUCAGAGUCUGAAAUACGAUGCUACAUACUUCAUUGAGUAUUUCGCCACGGAUUUGUUGAUGCAUAACGGAGCCUGUCACGGUGUGCUUGCCUUAUGUCUAGAAGACGGCACACUACAUCGAUUCCAAACCAACCACACCGUCUUAGCAUUAGGAGGAUAUGGGAGAUCGUACUUUAGCUGCACUUCUGCUCACACUUGCACUGGAGAUGGGACAGGCAUGGCUGCCAGGGCCGGUAUUCCUAAUCAAGAUAUGGAGUUUGUUCAGUUUCAUCCAACAGGAAUCUACGGUGCUGGUUGUCUCAUGACUGAGGGAUGUCGUGGCGAAGGAGGCUAUCUUGUUAACAGUGAAGGAGAAAAGUUUAUGGAUCGUUAUGCACCAACGGCUAAGGAUCUUGCAUCACGUGAUGUAGUCUCAAGAGCCAUCACAGUGGAAAUGAGAGAAGGAAGGGGUUGUGGUCCUAACAAAGACUACGUUCAUUUAAAGUUGAGUCAUCUUCCUCCUGAACAACUCCAUGCUCGUCUUCCAGGCAUCUCAGAGACGGCUCUUAUAUUCGCUGGUGUGGAUAUCACCAAGGAUCCUAUUCCUGUUUUACCAACUGUCCAUUACAACAUGGGUGGUACACCAACUAAUUACAAGGGAGAAGUGGUGACAGUAGAUUCAGAUGGUAGUGAUGUUGUCGUUCCUGGUCUGUAUGCUGCUGGCGAGGGAGCGUCAGCAUCUGUGCAUGGCGCCAAUAGAUUGGGAGCAAAUUCGCUGCUUGAUUUGGUAAUAUUUGGACGAGCGUGUGCUAAUUCGAUUGUUUCAAAGAGUAAACCAGGAGAUAAACUGCCGGAGUUGCCAGAGACUAUAGGAGAGGAGUCUGUUGCUAACAUUGAUCAACUUCUCAACAGCAAAGGAGACAUCCCAACAGCCGUACUACGAGACAGAAUGCAGAAAGCAAUGCAGUCGAAUGCUGCAGUGUUUCGUACUGGUCCUGUUCUUCAGGAAGGCAUAGAGAAGCUAGAUGGGGUAUACAGUGACAUGAAGCACAUUAAGGUUUUUGACAAGAGCUUGAUAUGGAAUAGUGACUUGGUAGAAACAUUGGAAUUUCAGAACUUGAUGAUCAAUUCAAUGCAGACGAUAGUAGGAGCUGAGGCUAGACAGGAGAGUAGGGGAGCACAUGCCAGAGAAGACUUUAAGGAUCGUGUCGAUGAGUAUGACUACACGAAGCCCACUGAAGGUCAACGCAAGCUCAAGUUCCAUGAACACUGGAGGAAACACACUCUGGCGUUCUCUGACAAAUCGGGCAAAGUUACUCUGAAGUAUCGUCCGGUCAUCGAUACGCCACUAGACGAGACGAAGUGUCCACACGUUCCACCGAAACCACGAGUAUACUGACAACUGAUUGCACGUCGUAUGCACUCACUCUUUACUGAUUUUUCGUCUCAACUAUGUUGCCCUCUAUUUGACAGGCUAUAGCAAUAUACGCAUCUCUAUGUA